AUGUUACUUUGUCGUUGUGAUCCCGGUUGGUUUGGAGAUCAAUGUCAAUAUGCUCAAGAACCAUCGAUGACAUGUUCUUGUGCUCCUAGUUCUAUAUGUAUCAGAAGUUUUCCUAGUUCUAUUUGUGUUUGUCCCCUCGGUCGUAUUGGUCCUCGAUGUUAUAUUAAUUUCGAUCCUUGUCAAGGAUCUGGGCCAUGUUUGAAUGGAGGUCGAUGUAUACCGAAUGAUGAGCGUAAACAUUCGUCUUUUGCUGCAAAAUGUUUAUGUCCAAAAGAUUUUUGGGGCGAAUAUUGUCAAUAUCCAUUGACCAAAUUAAUCAUUUAUUUUCAUCCUAUAAUAUCUAUUCCAUCUUUAAUCUACUUACAUAUAAUUCAAGAUAAACAACUUGCUAAACAUCAACAUAUUAAAACAUUUAAAAGAAUUCUUCCAUAUGAGUCUUCGGCUAUUAUUCGUACGACUGUAAACAAAUUUCAUCUUGCAUUUAGUGAAUUCGAAAACGGUUAUUAUUGGAUGAAUUUUAAAAGAGAUAACAGUACCGAAAUCGAGAUGUAUAUAUUUCCCGAAAAUCGAUGUCUAUCAAUUAAAAAUUUGUUUAAUUCAAGUUUCAUGCAAUGGAAACUUGUACGCCGUAUCAAAUACUAUCAUAUACCUUGUAAACAAUAUUCGAAUUUAUCAUGUUUUUAUGAUGAAACUCAUAUGUGUACAUGUAAUAAUAAUAAUCAGCGUUAUGCCAUCUGCAUUUUGUUCGAUCAUAAGAUGGAACAUAUUUGUCAGGGUGAUUCUGGUAAUUGUGAAAAUGGAGGAGAAUGUUUUCAAGAUGAUACCAAAUGUCCAUCAGCAUCAACUUGCCAUUGUUCUAAUUGUUUCUAUGGUUCAAAAUGUCAAUUUUCAAAUAGAGGUUUAUCAUUUUCACUCGAUAGUAUCCUCGGCUAUCAGAUUCGUCCAGAUAGAAAUUUUCGAACACAAAUAUUUGUGAUCAAACUCAGUGUUAUCCUGAUCAGCAACAUGUUUAUCAUCAAUAUUAUCAAUGGUGUUCUUUCAACAUUGGUCUUUAUCGGUAAAGAAGCAAACAAAGUUGGUUGUGGUUGUUAUCUUCUCGUUUCUUCUCUUUUCUCCAUUUUAACAAUGAUUAUGUUAGUGUUAAAAUUUGGUUUUCUUCUUCUUGCACAAAUGACAUGGAUUACAAACCGAACUUUUCUUCAUAUUCAGUGUCUAUCAAUCGAUUUUGUCCUUCAAAUUUGUCUUACGUUUGGUGAUUGGCUAAAUGCAGCUGUAGCUAUCGAACGAGCAGUAACAGUUCUGCAAAGUGCAAAUUUUGAUAAAGAAAAAAGUAAAAAAGUAGCAAAAUAUACGACUGUUCUACUAUUUGUUUUCAUUGCUAUAUCAAAUUUGCAUGAUCCGAUCAAUCGUCAUCUCAUUAUAGAUGAAGACGAACAACGUACAUGGUGUAUUGUACGUUAUUCAUCAUCUUUACAAUUCUAUAAUUCUAUCAUAAAAAUUUUUCAUUUUCUGACACCAUUUAUUUUGAAUAUUAUUUCAUCUUUUAUUAUCAUUUUGAAUAUCGCUCGAAGACGUUCUCAUAUUCAACAACAGGAUUCAUUUAAAAGACAUAUUCGUGAACAGUUGAUUCGUCAAAAACAUCUCCUAAUUUCACCGAUCGCACUCAUUCUACUUGCUUUACCUCGUCUAAUCAUUUCAUUAGUUUCAGAUUGUAUCAAAUCCAAUCGUGAUCCAUGGCUGCUUCUCAUUGGUUAUUUGACUUCAUUUGCGCCUUCGCUACUUGUCUUUGUCAUCUUUGUUUUACCGUCAAAAAUGUACAAAGCACAACUGAAGCGUUCAUUUACAAAUAUUCGCCCACGAAUGUAG